CAUUUUCUCAUCCACAAUCCAAUCAAUCACCCAGAAAAAAAAAAAAAAAAACUAUAUAAAGCAGAGAAAACAAAUAAACUCGUGAGAGAGAAAGUUUUGGAGAGAGGGGGACGGUUGGCGGCUGAAACCUAACUUUGGAGGGAGAAAAUUCAGUGGGUUCACAUUAGAUCUGAAUUUUCAGUUUUGGGUUUUUCUUCACGGACCUUGUUGGAUUGAAUUGGAAGUUCUUUGAACCUGAUCAAGUUUGUUGCUUUAUCAAGUUGUUUGAGUAAAUGUAUUUUUUAGUUGUUUUUAUUUCUUUCAAUUGGGUUUAGUGGGUUGUAGUCACAUAAGAUCUGAAUUUUCUCUUUUGGGUUUUUUCUUCACGGGCAUAGUUGGACUGAAUUGGAAGUUCUUUUAACCUGACCAAGUGGGUUGGUUGAUCAAGUUGUGUUUGUGUAAAUGAGGGUUUAGUGGUUUUUAUUUAUUUCAAUUUGAAUCUGUAUAGAGCAGAGUUUGUGAGAAAUUUUGAAGCUCUGUUUCUUCCAUGGGGCUUUGCUGGAGCAAUCUAAUCAAAGAUGAUAGCCCAUUUCAUACAGGAGUGAAUUCGAAAAAUCAGGUCAGAGAUGGAAACGAUCUGAGCAAUUUGAGUGGCAAGUCAGCUAACAGACCCCCGACACCUCGGAAUGAGGAUGAGAUCUUGGAGUCCUCCAACUUAAAGAGCUUCAUGUUCUGCGAACUGAAAAUGGCUACCAGAAACUUUCGUCCGGAUAGCGUAUUAGGAGAAGGUGGAUUUGGUUCUGUUUUUAAGGGGUGGAUUGAUGUGCAUUCACUUAUGGCUGCAAAGCCCGGGACUGGAUUGGUGAUUGCUGUGAAGAAGCUUAAUCAAGAAGGUUAUCAGGGUCACAAGGAAUGGUUGGCAGAAAUCAACUAUCUUGGGCAGCUUCAUCAUCCGAAUCUUGUGAAAUUGAUUGGUUACUGUUUAGAGGAUGACCAUAGGCUUUUGGUGUACGAGUUCAUGCCCAAAGGCAGCAUGGAGAACCACUUAUUCAGGAGAGGGACUCAUUUCCAGCCACUUUCUUGGAGCAAGCGUAUGAAAGUCGCUCUUGGUGCAGCAAAGGGACUUGCCUUUCUUCACAGUGCUGAGACAAAAGUUAUAUAUCGGGACUUCAAAACAUCUAAUAUACUUCUUGACUCAAAUUACAAUGCAAAACUAUCUGAUUUUGGGUUGGCCAGGGAUGGGCCAACUGGUGAUAAGAGCCAUGUGUCCACUAGGGUCAUGGGAACCUUUGGAUAUGCUGCACCGGAGUAUCUAUCCACAGGUCACUUAACUGCCAUGAGCGAUGUAUACAGCUUUGGAGUUGUUCUUUUAGAGAUGUUAACUGGCAAACGAGCAAUAGACAAGAACCGUCCACAAGGACAGCAAAGCUUGGUGGAGUGGGCAAAGCCAUAUCUGGCCCAUAAACGUAAAAUUUUACGCAUUUUGGAUGUUCGUAUUGAAGGCCAGUAUUCACUGAGUCAAGCCCUAAAGGCAAGUAACCUCGCGCUUCAAUGUCUCUCCGUGGAACCGAAGACUAGGCCAAUCAUGGAUGAGGUGGUAACAGCUUUAGAACAGCUUCAAGACUCAAAGUGAUGUGGUGAAAGGCGCACAAAAACGAGCACAAGUCUAUAUGUAUAAAUUAACUUUUAUUCUUUUGGGUGAUGGGGGAGUGAAUGUAGCAACAGUUUUUCUCUCCUGAUUUCAGGAAUUCGGGCAUGUUCUAUACAUACACCUAUGUUUUGUUAAACCAGUGUAUAGUUUCAUUUUUUUUUAUUUUUUCCUAGGGUUUGAUGGUAUUUAAUAUCUCUCUACUUUUGAUGCGUGGUGGUAACAUUUGGAAUGAUGGAGCAUUAACGAAUGUUGAUGAUAUCAAUAAAUGAAUGGUUUAUAAGAGCA